UUCAGUUUUACCAUCUACUAAAUUUUAUUCUUGGUUUGGUAAAAAUGAUUUUAAAGAUUUUGAAUUUAUUAGAAUUGAAAAUGAUAUAGUAUUAUGUUUAGUAUUGGCGAUUGCAUAUUUGGAAAUUAUAAUGUUUGAAACUUUUAAAGAUAAAUCCAGAGACUGGGUUGAAAAGUGGGCUAAUGAAUAA